AUGGCUGCAGCAAAGAUUUUCGAUGGUUUCUGUAUUUCAAUGGUUGGAUCCCUCCCUUCGUCUGGGUUUACACGCAAACGUACUAGCCAGACGAGCUUGAUUGAUAUGAUUACCAGCAAUGCAACAAUCAAAAGAGUCGCAUCCGCAAAGGAAUCGGGAACCAUCAAGAUUGUUCAUAUCCGCUGGCUCCUGGACUCAAUAAGGAGGGGAAAGGCAUUGGUUGAGGAGACCUAUCAAUUCGGAGAAAUUAAAGGCAUUCAAAACGCGCUUAUACGAGAGUUAAUCUUUGAAGAUCCUGGGUGGAGAAAACGUACUAUCGCUGGGUCAUCUAUUUACAGUGAUCCAGAAAGCGGUCUUCGGUAUGAAGAACGGCUUUCUAGGCUUGAGGAGGCGUCAGAAGAUACCAAGAAAACUGCUGCUGCUUCUCAAGUAGUUACUAUGUACACCAUCGCUGGCAAGUGCCCUGAAGCGACCUUAUGCAUUCUUAUUGAUGUCUACAAGUCAGAAAUAAAGAAAAUUCAAGAAGAAGGGCACCAAACUAUGGGCCCUGAAAGUGUCGACGAGCCAGAGCAUACUCCCGCAACAUUAUUAGCCAGAGAUGCUUUCUAUAACCUAGUAAAGUAUAUUGCGGGCUCUACAACAGUUCCUGAAAACCAUCUAGGCGCUAAAUCGUUAGUCACACCUUCUAUGGAAAGCGAGAAAUCCAAGAUCAAUCUUACUAUAAAUGGUCAUGAUGACACCCUCAGGGGAUAUUUAAAAUUAGUAGCAUUGAAAGAUAUGACAUACGGUAUGAUAGUUUCUAAAAUUGGACACCAGUAA